AAACAGACACACCCAACCCACCACCGACCCCGUACCCGACCCGACAAUUCAUACCCUUUUCUUUCUUCACCUUCUUCUUCUUCCUCUCUCUGCUUUCAAGAAGGAUCCCAAUGCUGCUUCUGCUUUCCUCUUCUCAUUACUAGUACCCUUCCUUCUCCAGUACUACCACCAACCGCCAUUCCUUCACCUUAACGUUUCUCUGUCCUCUCUCUCCAUUAUUGCCACUCAAUUUUGCUCCACCAUGUCCUCCUACUAGGCCAGCACUCAAUUACCCAGAAGACUCAACAAAAGUGGGGGGGAAAAGGUAAAAGAAAAUGGAGGUCAGUGGAAGGAGAAGAUCAGUACCUGCUGCUGCUGCGGCAGCAGGGUUGGUUAACAAUAAUAACAACAAACCCAGUAGUGUGAUUGUGGCAGCUGGCUCUGUUUGGGAGAGCAGAAUGAAGCUCGAUGAAGUCAAAGGCGGGUUCAAGGUCUUCAAUGCCGACGACGACGAGAAUCCCGAACCGCCGCCGGCGGUAACGGUGGCAGCGACGCCGAGGAGGUCGCCCAGGAACCUCGCCACGGGGACGGUGGCGAGCAGUGGGAAGAGGAAGACGUGGAAAUCGGAGAGCUUCGACGGCCCAAUUCGGUUGAGUGCGUCGGCCGAUGGAGUCAAGAAAUCGCCGAUUCAGGGGAGGAAGUUGAGAUCUGAAGCGAGCAGCGAGGGAAUUGCGAGGAGUCCGGUUCAGGUGAGCAAGAAGGGAAGAUCUGAAGUAGUAGGAGUUGUUUCCACGAUUCAGAUUGGGAAGCUGAGAUCCGCUGGAAAUUCUGGGAAAGAAGUUGAGAAUUCGCCGGUGAAACUGGAAUCGAAGGUCGGUGGUGGUGUUGAGAAGAGCGAUGGUGAAACGAAGGAGGAGAAAUCAGUGCCUGAGAAGGAAUUGGACGAAUCUGUUUGUCAAAUUGAGAAGAAGCCAUCUGAAAUUGAGGAAACAGAGGAGAGUUGCAGGGAGUUUGGCGUUUGUGAAGAGAAGGUGGUUUCUUCUGCGACCGUAGAAGACGAUCGCGCCGACGGUGAUCAGGACUUUGAAGAAGAAGAGGAGGAGGAGGAAUUCGAAGAAGAAGAAGAGACGGACGAGGAAAUUGAGAAGAAGAGCUUCGAUGUUAAGGAGAUUAAUGUUCAAGAACACGAGAAGCCAAAAGAGAAGAAAUUCGAAGAGAAGAAAAUCCCGAUUCCUGAGCAGAAGCCGACGAAAGGAGUUGUUCAUCGUCAGUUUCACAACAGAGCUCCACCGCCGGCUCCGCCCACCGUGAACAAACAGACGCCGCCGGUGAUGAGAAGAGCUGCAGCUUACCAGAACUUCACUAAACCCACUCCUACUCCAGUGGAUUUAGUGAUGUGGAGAGACGUGUCGAGAUCGGCAUUCGUGUUUGGAAUCGGAACGUUCACCAUAAUCUCAUCUUCCUACACGCAGGAUCUCAACAUCAGCUUCAUUUCUGUGAUGUCUUAUCUGGGGCUGGUUUACCUCGCUGCAAUCUUCCUCUACAGAACCCUUAUUUCCAGGGGAAUUGUGGAGGGAGAUGAUGGUUAUGAGGACACCGGGAGCUACGUGGUUGGCGAAGGGGAGGCAAUCUGUGUGGUGAAGUUAGUUCUGCCGUACCUGAACGAGUGCCUGCUCAGAAUCAAAGCCCUCUUUUCCGGCGAUCCUUCCACCACCAUGAAGUUGGCAGUCCUGCUGUUCGUUCUUGCCAGGUGUGGCGGCUACAUUACCAUCUGGAAAAUGGCCAAAUUGGGAUUUUUCGGGGUUUUCAUACUGCCAAAAGUCUGCUCGUCGUACUCCAGCCAGUUAACCUCUUACGCCAAGUUCUGGAUUCGACGAUUUCGCGACGCGUGGGAGAAGUGCACGCACAAGAAGGCCGUGGCAUUGGGCAUCUUCACCUUGGUGUGGAACAUGUCGUCGAUUGUGGCUCGUGUUUGGGCUGUGUUUAUGAUGUUCGUGGCUGUUCGAUACUACCAACAACGUGUGGCGCAAGACAGUGAGAAUUGGGAGGAGUGUGAUGACGAUAACGAAGAAGAAGUUAUUGUAGGAUUCGGAAUCAGCCAUAAGAGAAAACGCGCCUUCGUGCUAGAAAUUGGCAUUUCUGUAGUUGUGGAACUACCGUUUUUCUCCGGCGAGAAGGAGGAGAGAGAACUAAUUUAUUUCGUGAAUCAGAGUUCCGAGCAAGAGAUGAGUCUUGUGACUGAUUCUCCGGUGAGCUCAUCUGGCAGUGAUGAUUUUGCUGAUUUUCUUGACGAUCAUCUUGAUGCUGAAUCUGAUAAUGAAGACGACAAUGGAGAAGCUAAAGAUGAGUUUGCUUCUAGUUCUUCAUCCUCCUCUUCCAGCGAGGAUGAAUUCGAAGAUGAUGACCAACCUGUAAGCAAGAGGACAAAGAUUUCAGAGGUGGAGAUAGUGCAAAAUGGAGAUGCUGCUGAGGGGUCAGCUUCUCAUGUGAUCGUGGAGCAGAAAUUAGAGGCAUCAUCAAGUGCAUCUGUCAGCAAGAAUGAAUGUACACAUCCAGGGUCUUUUGGUAAAAUGUGCAUAGUUUGCGGAGCACAGGUUGAGGUUUCUGGGGUAUCAUUUGCAAACAUACACAAGGAAAUUUUGAUUGGGAAUGCGGAAGUUGCUCGAUUGCGAGAUACUGAUACCAAGAGUGUGUUGUGCCGCAAGAAGCUUUAUUUGGUACUUGAUUUGGAUCAUACAUUGCUGAAUUCUACUCUUCUUUCUCAUAUGGUCCCGGAAGAAGGGUAUCUAAACAAUCAGAUAGACUCUGUACAAGACUGUCAAAAUGGAAGCCUAUUUAGGUUGAGCUUCAUGCACAUGAUGACCAAGCUUAGGCCCUAUGUGCACACUUUUUUGAAGGAAGCUAGCCAGAUGUUUGAGAUGUAUAUAUACACUAUGGGAGACAAAGCGUAUGCACUGGAAAUGGCCAAAUUACUUGACCCGAAAAAUGAAUACUUCCACGCCAAGGUAAUUUCUCGGGAUGAUGGCGCUCAGAGGCAUCAGAAGAGUCUCGAUAUGGUACUGGGAGAAGAAAGUGCCGUUCUGAUUCUCGACGAUACCGAAAAUGUGUGGCCAAGCCAUCGAGACAACUUGAUACUGAUGGAAAGAUACCAUUUCUUCGCGUCGAGCUGUCGACAAUUUGGGUUCGGAUGCAAUUCCCUCUCUCAGCUGAAAAGCGACGAGAGUGAACCCGAAGGGGCACUUGCGGCUGUUCUUAACGUCUUGAGGAGAGUUCACCAUAUCUUCUUCAACGAAUUGGCCGACCAAACCGGUCGACGGGAUGUGAGACAGGUCCUGAAAACUGUUCGGAAAGACAUUCUAAAGGGGUGCAGGAUCGUGUUCAGCCGUGUCUUCCCAUCCCAGUUCCCAGCCGAGAGCCACCAUCUCUGGAAGAUGGCGGAGAAGCUCGGAGCUACGUGCGCCACAGAGGUCGAUCCAUCCGUUACCCACGUAGUUGCCAUGGAUCCCGGUACGAAGAAGUCGCGCUGGGCGCUGGAGAACGACAAGUUCUUGGUCCUCCCGCGGUGGAUCGAGGGGGCUAACUACCUUUGGCAGAGGCUGCCGGAGGAGAAUUUCCCCGUGAAGAGCAAUGAACCCCCCAAGUCGGAAGCUAAGGUCAAAGAUCCUGAUGCUUAGCGCUUUUAACCCUCUGAUCCAAAAGUUUUCUUUCCGGUUUUAGAAACCUCUAAUUGGAAUUCGGCUUAUAGCUUCAUUGGAGAUGUACAUAGCAGCUUCCUUUCUUCGUUGGGGAUUACAGAGAAGAACCUUUGUUGCCUGACCGUGCUCGGGGCUUUCUAGAAAGCCCAAUAAGAAGAUACGGGCUCGAGGACACUGUGAUUUGUGGGCCGGCAUUGAUCCGUAGGGGAGUCAUUAGCGGGAGAGAGUUACUGAGGCCUGGAAAUGCCAGCCCGUUUAGCGACUGUGUUCUCCCCCCUGUCUUCUCUGUGUGCGUGUGUCCAGCUCAUGGUGCGAAUCAUCGAGAGACUAGAUGGGAAUCGUCGAGAGACUAGAUUUGAUAUUUAAAGUGUCAAGAUUAACUGCAUUUUCAUGUGCAACUACAAGUUAACAUUUCAUGUUAGAAGAGAUUUUGUUCUCGAGUCCCUUCGCAGUAAUCAUUUCAUCGUGUUUCAUAUAAGAGUUUGUGAAUGUCAAACUCAGCUUUUCUCUUGUUGUUAAGCAUGUCUAACUUGUUAUUCUACAUUGAUUGCAUGUGGCACGAUACAAUCAAAAGA